CUGCCGCUUGGCAGACAGAUCAGCCCUCCACCAGACACCAUCCAAAUAGUUUUUGAAAAGUCAUUUAUAAAUCGUCAAUUUGAGUUUCCCAAUGACCAAUCCUCCAUUUCAAUUUGGCUUCUUCUUUCUUCCCCUUCAGCUCGGUGGCCUUUUUUUUUUCUCUCCUUUCCUUGCUAUAAUAAGAGCAGAACUGAAUUUCCGAUAACCACUCGUUCGUUUACUUCCACAAAAAUGGCGACUCAAACACUCACGGGACUGCUGAAGCACGUUGCCAAUGAGUUCCCCGACCGCCGCGCCCUGUCCGUUUCCGGCAAACUCGACCUCACCCACGCUCGCCUCGAUGAACUCGUGGAACGCGCCUCCUCUCGCCUCGUCUCCGCCGGCAUCAAGCCCGGCGACGUGGUCGCGCUCACUUUCCCCAACACCGUCGAGUUCGUUGUGAUGUUUCUGGCCGUGAUUCGCGCCAGAGCAACAGCGGCGCCGCUCAACGCCGCCUACACGGCGGAGGAAUUCGAGUUCUACCUAUCCGACUCGGAAUCCAAGCUAUUGCUCACUUCUCGCGACGGGAACACGGCAGCCGAAUCCGCCGCUUCGAAGCUCCAAAUUCGCCAUGCCACCGCCGCUCUCUCCGUACAAGAUUCCGAGCUCGCUCUCUCUCUUCCUCCGUCCGAGUCGGGAGCUAACUCGCUGGACCAGGUAGUGAACCAGCCCUCCGAUGGGGCGCUCUUCCUUCACACCUCAGGAACCACCAGCCGCCCCAAGGGCGUCCCAUUGACUCAGCUCAAUUUAGCCUCUUCAGUUCAGAACAUCAAAUCAGUCUACAAACUCACCGAAUCCGACUCGACGGUGAUUGUCCUGCCAUUGUUCCAUGUCCACGGUUUGUUAGCUGGGCUACUGAGCUCAUUAGCAGCCGGAGCUGCCGUCACUCUUCCAGCUGCAGGAAGAUUCUCGGCUUCAACAUUCUGGCAAGACAUGCUCAAGUACAAUGCCACUUGGUACACAGCAGUUCCCACCAUCCACCAGAUCAUCCUCGACCGUCAUGUUAGUACCCCGGAACCGGUUUACCCCAAGCUUCGUUUCAUUCGGAGCUGCAGCGCCUCCCUCGCCCCUGCGAUCAUGGCUCGGCUCGAGGAGGCGUUUGGGGCGCCUGUUCUGGAGGCGUAUGCAAUGACUGAGGCAACACAUUUGAUGUCGUCGAACCCUUUGCCGGAAGAUGGGCCACACAAGCCCGGAUCGGUUGGGAAGCCAGUGGGACAAGAGAUGGCGAUCCUGAAUGAAAUUGGUGAAAUCCAAGGUCCCAACUCGAAUGGUGAGGUCUGUAUCAGGGGUCCUAAUGUGACCAAGGGGUACAAGAACAAUCCUGAUGCUAACAAGAGCGGAUUUCUUUUUGGGUGGUUCCAUACUGGAGAUCUUGGAUACUUCGAUUCCGAUGGGUAUUUGCAUCUUGUGGGAAGGAUUAAGGAGCUUGUCAACCGUGGAGGGGAGAAGAUAUCUCCAAUUGAAGUGGACUCGGUUCUUCUAUCUCAUCCAGACAUCGCUCAAGCUGUCUGUUUCGCGGUCCCUGAUGAAAAGUACGGCGAAGAGAUCAACUGUGCUAUCAUCCCAAGAGCAGGCUCGAAGAUCGACGAGGCAGAAGUGCAGAGCUUCUGCAAGAAAAACCUCGCUGCUUUCAAGGUCCCCAAGAAGGUGUUCAUCACCGACGACGUCCCCAAGACCGCCAGUGGCAAGAUCCAACGGAGAAUUGUCGCUGAACAUUUCCUUUCCUCCUAAAUCAGCCUCCAACCAUGGUGCGUACUGCAUAGAAAAUGUAUGUUAUCUUAAUGUGUACCCAAAUUUGGAAGAGUGGGUAUUUAUUUCUUGAUCUCGUUUCCAUCUCUUCCAUUGGCUCAUCCUUGUGUAAUUCAUCAUUUUUUUCUCUAGCUGGUUUGUGCUUGUCGAGUUGUCGUAUCAUAAAAAUCAAAACGGCUCCCUUUUUAUUCUCGAGACUGAGGUUCGUUCUCUUUCUUUGUUUCAUUUUAGAAAGCCGGACGAAAGAUGUCCUCGUCCAUAAUACUAAUAGAUGGUACAAUGGUAAUUCCCAUAACAUAGUGCAACAACCAUUGUUCCAAUUUAGGAUCGCACACAUUGAUUCACUACAACCUCCCAAUUCGUUCAAAAAGAUUCCCAAUUUUCGUGGCAAACAAACCCUAGGAGUUGUCAUUGUCUUUCUAUAUUUUUGAUGAUGUUGAUUGCCAUCUUUGAAACUAGGUUCAACUCAACUACUAUGAUCUCUUAGAGUCAAGCCCUCUCGA